GUGGAAAGUUUGUUUUGUCUGUUGAUUUGCAGCACCGCUGCCCGAGUGCCGUAAGUGUUUUUGGAUAAUUGUAAAUGAAUAAUUUCUUCCCGACGCUGGCCGGGGCGCCCGUUCGACAGCCCAAACCGGCAGGAAGUGCGGGCCGGACCGGUUCCGGGUCAAUUGUUCGCCGUGCGGGGGCCCUGGGGCUAGCGAAUGGCGAAGCUUAUCUGGCUGGCGUAUGACGUCAGUUCUAAAAAUACAACUGUUUCGACAUCAAGCGCGAAUGGCAUGCUUAGCCUGUACGGUGUGCCGCCUGGAUGGAUAGCUUCACUCAUCGACCGAGCAUAGCGUAGGGAGGACCGCGCUGCCCUUCCCUCCCCACGCCUGCCCUGUUUUUCGUAGCCGUAAGCGUGAAUCGGUCGAUCAAAUGUCUCCGCUCGCUGGAAGUGUGCUGUUGUGCGCUGGUACUGUAGUGAGUCUGUGCAGUGUUGUCGACUGUAGUUGUCGUUGUUGUUUGUGGUGGUUCCGAGUUGUACGGCGAUAAUGCAUGCCCCUGUCGUCGGAUGUCGUUUGUGAGAAAGUCGUCCACCAGUCUGGCGGGAGCGUGGAGCAGUUAGAGCGCGCCCGUUGCAAACAGCAGUUCACGUGUGCCCUCUGUGCUCAUCCUUGAACCGUGUCGGAGACAUAUCGUAGGCCCUAGAGAGAGUGUAUGUGUGAGAGAGAGAGAGAGAACGAACGAGCCUGCCUGCCUGCACAACAGCCAACUAAACCUCUCCCCCCAAACACCCAGUCAAGAGGCGUACGCAACACAACAACACAACAGCAACUACGGACGGCGGAUCAACUUUUUCCAGGUUGCACGGUAUCGAUUUUUCUGGCCUGGGUGCUACUACCACUGCGCUGGUGUUAACCUUACCACCAGCUGGACAAGGUUAAACGGUGAUGCACAGUUGUUUGAAAAGUACGUACCGCGCGCGCCCGUUACAGAAACCCCGUGGGUUGGGGUGCGGUUGGGUUGGGUGGAGACGCGCCUUGCGGCCAUAUGCUGUUUGCGCUGUUUGCGAAAAGUGACUCCCCAUCACACCGCCCGCCGAAUGACAAACGCACUUGAAUUAAUGGGUAGUGUUGUGUACCAGUGAGCGAAACCAACGAAACAGAAGCAGACAACAACAAAAAAAAAAACACGCAAAUUCUAACUAGCAGAUGAAAGGCAUGGCCUUCUGCGCUGUUGUCCCGUGCCUUUCGCCCGCGCUAAUCGGCGAGGCGUAAAAGUGGCGCGCAAAAUAAAGAUCUUAAAAGAUAAUUACGCACAACAAAACACGCUGCCCGUGGGGACGGCCGAGCGCUUGACCAACGGUUCUUGAGAGGCGUGCGUGCGCGUGUGUGUGUGUGUGUGCGCGAGUGCGCGCGCAAGCGAACGUUCGCGCGUCAGCCUUUGGUGCGGAUAAUCUCAGAAUGACCUAAUGCUGUGGCGAUGACGCGACGGUGCGGGUUUUGCUGACGAACCUUUGCCUCUCUCUCUCUACCAACGUCUUUGCCGAUUAGUUGGGGUGAUCAAUCGUGUGUGUGUGUGUGUGCCUGUGUGGUGACUCGAGACGAUUGUGUUUCCUCCCCUCUAGGCCACCGCUCGCAUCCCGCUAGGGCCGCGUUCCAUCACACCACACUGACCCGGGGGGAGGGGGGAGGGCGAUCGUGUCAUGGCACGUUCUCUCCCGUGCUGUGCGCGGAUGAGUCAGAGUGCCGUGACUGCUAAAUGCCGUUUCACGAAUCACGUUCUAUCUCGACGGUCAUGAUGCGCCCCAGCACGCUGGAUAUCAAAACAAACUACCACGAUGGAUGCUACACGUUCAUGAGGGACGCUUACCGUUGCUGGAAGGCACGGGCAGAGUCGGGCGAACAACCCUACAUCGCGGAAUUGUUUGCCGACCUGCAGCAGUCCCUUUCGAGGAAGCAAGUGCGGGACAUUUUGUUCACGAUGAAAAAUGUCACACGAGCUCCGGCGAUGAACACGACGCGUCCAAGCAGCGUGCAGACGCCGGUGGCCAACGCAACACUAUCGCUAUCAGCAGCAGCAGCAGCACCAUCACAACAGCAACCAAACCGGCAACAUUCACCGUCCCAGCAGCGAAAGGACAGACCGAACCGACCACCAUCACCACCGGGCGAACGGUUAACGUUCGGCGAGUUCACCGCGAUAGCAUCCUGUACGAAAUGUUUUGGCCGACAGUCAUCGUUUCAUGCUAUGAGGGCGCGCAACGUCGACGAACUGGGCAGCGUGUUGGCAAAUCACGCUGGCACGGCAAAGGACGGGGAACCGUCGCCCGGGCCGGAGGUGUUUCUCGGCGGUUCCUGCAAUCCCACGACCUGGCGGGCGGACGUGGCCAUACCGACGCUCGACCGGCUGGGCAUAUCGUUUUACAAUCCGCAAGUAUCCCACUGGACACCAGAUCUGAUCGAGCUCGAGCAUCGAGCGAAGGAAAAGGCGAAGGUGCUGUUUUUCGUGCUCGACUCACAGACCCGCUCGACGGCGGGGGCCAUCGAGGUGGCACACAUCGCGGGCCAGAACUCGAAAUAUUUAUUGCUUGUGCUACUGCCGUACUCCAGCAGACAGAAAAUUCUCAAUGAAACGCUAUUGGAAGACGAGUAUAUGGAUCUCAUGAGCAAUCAGCAAAUGCUAAGGCAACUGGUGUUGCGCCGUGGGCUACCGGUACUGGACAGUAUUCCAACCGCGCUGGAGCAGAUCAAGGAAGUGCUGCUGGGGAACUGCUGCCCGCAGCCGCCAGUCAAUCUAGCGUCACGCUUAAUCUCCCUGCGACGAACGUUCGAGCGCGUUGCCGCGGAUGUGACCGAGUCGGCCCGCAUCAAUCUAGCCCAGUGUCAGCAGGCCCUCGGCAGCUUAGGCUACCCGGCGAACGUCGGCACGAUGGGCAACAUUCAAAACAUUCUGCUCUGCUACGAGGAGGUGACCGGACUGGACGUGCAAACGCAGCUCAUCCGACGGGGCGACGCGGAACGCGUACUUAUCAGCUUCGAGGAGUUUUGCAUCAUCGACGCGUGCGUGUCGAUACUGAUGCUGGACUUUUACGAGCACAACUGCACGUCACCGAUCAAGGGCACGAACCUGCAGCAGCCGCCGGUGUAUUUGACGGAUUUGCAAGCAUGGAAUCACACGAAUCCGGAGCUUUCACCGUUUGAAAAUGGUUCCCUCAAGAGCCCGCGAACGUUUGUGUUGCCGAAAAGUGGGCACGAACCCGCAAUCAACGGAACAACCGAUCCCAGUGCGGCGGCGGCAGCGGCGGCUUCGGUGGCUGGCCCACCGAGCAGUCGUAGCAGCAGCGGCAGUAGUGAACUCAACCACACCACCACCACCACCCCCCUAUCGGUCGACGCGGGUCCGGGUGGGGAGGGGCCGAAGCUCCACUCCCCCGUGCCACUGCCGCCCGCGAUCGAUGAACCACGUGCAUUUACAUUCGACGGCGAUCCGUUCGGCGAUGACGGCGAUGACAGCGAACCACUGCUCGGGCGCAUCGAGCCGCGGGACGUGUAUCUCGGGGGCAGCUGCUGGAUGAAGACGAGCUGGCGGCAGCGGUGGGCCUUCCCGAUGCUGAAGCGCCACAAUCUCAGCUACUACGUGUCGGCCCUGCACGAAGGGUUCUGCUGCGGCAAGCCGGAGCAACCGGUCGGCGGUGAUGGAAGCGCCGGUCCGCAGCAGCAGCAACAGUUUGAUCCCCAGAGCACGCUCCGGUAUGAUGCCGCCAUGCUGGACGCUUGCCGCAUCGUCAUAUUCGCGAUCACGAAUGAAACCCGAUCUUUAGCACCCAUGACAAUGGCCGCACACUACAUCGGCCUCGGCUACAACGUUGUGCUGUGCGUGCAAAUGCUUCCCUCGAACGAAUCGGCACCGAACGGGCACAACACAACACUCUCCUCCUCCGCCAUCAAAGACUACAACCGCGGGCGGGCCUAUUUGAUUGAUCUGGCCAAACGGCACGGCAUUCCAGUGUACGAGGGCUUGGAGGAAACGUUCGACAGCGUUAUCAGCCGGUUAAGGAACGGUACUGUAAGAUACUCAACCUAGCAUCGAAUCGAACUCUCACAUCCCGCUCCAUCCCUAUCCGCCCUCUGCGCCCUCUCCGGUGUACCCGCUUAAUGUGAUUUAGAGUUUAUUUUAUUGCCUGUUUUUUUUUUAACAAACUCAACAAACCGAAAUACUUUAAACUAAUUAUACACCAGAAAACACAACUACACACCACACACAUACACCCGAACGGAGAACCGUUAAAGAAUAAGCAAAAAUAACAUAAUUUAAUAAUUCUCAAGCACAAAA